UACACAUAUAUUAUAAUCAUUAUAUACCGAUAUUUCUCGCUUCGCUGACGGUCUGUAUUUUGUUACAUGUAACGCUUCACGGAACGCAAUGUAAAUAUGGGAAAUGAAAAAAUUAAAGUGAAGCAUCAAAUGAUUUGAACAAACGGAAGAAGUGCCAAUAAAAUAGUCUAAUAUUUUGUUAAAAUUUGUCUAUGCCUCUGUUGUUAUUUUACUGAUUAAUAAAUAACUGGUAUUGGAUUUCAAAAUAAAGGGAAAAGCAUGUCAUUUUAUGAUCUAAUCGUUCCCCCAACUGUUUUAAUAUUGUAAAAUUUCUUCGGACAAGAAGAAGUUUCAUACUCGAACAGAUUUUAUUACGAUUUUGGGGUGUUUUCUCUUCCUAUUUUGAUAAAAUAUUUGAAAUUUUUGUCCGCCUUCCGUGCGUAAGCAGCCAGCCGGUGCACUCUAUCGAUAUACGAGACGGUUUUUCUAAAAGAUCUUGAGCUUGCUGCUGCCAUUGGGAAAAAUUUGUUGGAAAGAAAUAAAGAACUUGAACUUUUGUUAUGCUCAACUCAGGACUAUGCAGAUGAACAAGUUCAAAAAGUCAGUUCUUAACUCGUCAACUUGAUGAUGCAAGAGAAGUCAACGAAAGUCGUGUCAAACUGAUGGAACAGAUUGAGAAGAACCACGAACAGUUGUCGCGAAGCCAUGCCAAGCUUAAACGCGAGACGAAAUCCAUUCAAGAACACAAUGAAGUUUUGACAGAAAGCUUACAAUCUUUAGUUGAAAAAUGCGACCUAUACAAAUCAGAAAUGGAAGUUUUGAAACGCGAAAACAGCCAAUUACAACGCAAGUUAUCUUCGGCAUCGCUCCCUGAAACGGCCCCUGAAAGUGACCCGAAGCCUUGUGAAAAAGUUGAAAACAACAUACAAGAUUUGUCCGUUGUUAUCAAAGAGUUAAAAUUCGAGCAAGAUUUAGAGAAAUCCAUGAGAGAGGAAUUGGAAAACGAGCUUUCGCAAUUGAUAUUUGAAAACCAAAAUUUGGAACACAAACUGCGCUUGUUUGCAAAAAGUAAUCGAAACUCUUUUGUAGAGGAACAGAAAAUGGAGCAUGUGGAGGAAAGCAAUGGCGUCGAAGAGGAUGUUCCCGACGGAGUGGAAGAAGACGGGGAUUGUUCAAAUGAAAGUUUUGUUUUGGUAGAAGAGCAAAGGAUUGAAGAACUCGACAGCGAGCCAAGCUUAGAACAAUGCGAUAUCUCGUUUCUGGAUGAAUUAGAUCAACAAUACCGAGAUUUGGUGGGAAAAUAUAAUUCUUUGGUCGAGAAGUGCAAGACCGAAGGUAUACCAUACGAAUCUCGUGAGAUGUGCACCGUGCAACGAGGGGUGCAGACCUCUCAUGAAGAGGCUGCGCUGUGUGAUAAGGAGGCGGUGGGGUGCGGGGUUGGGGCUGUACCCCAGUACAAGCAAAUGUUUGCAAGGUUGUAUGAGAAAAUUCGGGAGGGAAGGGACGACAGUUGAGGGAUUGUGGUUGAUGGAAAGGGUCGAGUGGUUGAUGCGUGUGGGUAAAUAUGACCGGGGUAAUGGUGGAUGUAAGGGGAUGGGUGUGUAUAAUUGUGGAGUGGUGAUGUUGGGAAUGGUGAAGGGUUGAUGCAAGGGGAGUUAUAGUGAUAGCAGGGGAAAGAGGAGAGAAGUAAGGAGGGUCACCAUGAUGUUGUGAGUAUUUCGAGUGAACAGACGAUAAGGAACAUGGACAAAGAAAAAACAAACUUUACAAACAAAUUGCAACAAUUUACUUAGUCGGAAUGUGAGAGAGAGAUUGAAAUUAUAUUAAUAAGGAUAAUAGAAUAGCAUAUAUAAACAAAU